UUUUAUUUAGUAGGAACCUAGAAAAGUGGAAAACUUGCCAUCAAAUGAACAGACAUACCAAAGGCAUUCUGCAGAAAACUAGGCGUCAAAAUAUCUGUUGGAUUACCAUUUUCCAUAUAAAAACCUCCAUUGAACCGUUCCACGUUAACUUUUCAUGGUUUCCUUCAAGCAAAACGUGCGUUCCUUACACAUUAGUUUGUCUUCGUUUGGUCAGUUCUGCGCACGUCGAGUUUGAAGUUUUUGAACUUUGAAUCCUUCUUCUUCUACUACUUAACAUCUCAUCCUCCUCUUCAUCCUCCUCUUGGGUUUCUCUUCCACAAUCUCAAUUACAAGCCAUAGCUUUGGUUUUCAGAGAUGACGGUUGGUCACCACCUUGAAGUGAAGGUACAGGGCAUCAAGGUAAAACCCAGAGUGAUAGACACAGAAAUCGCUUUAAGGGCUGGAAUAGAAGAUCUCUGGUCAUUCAUUGGCAAAGGUACAGGUUCAAAGUAUGUGGUGGGUUUAGAUAUCGAAUGCACAACAGUUGAAUCAACAAGAAAAGUUUCAAUCUUGAAAUUAGCUUCCGGGAAUUUCUGUCUCAUCAUAAGGCUUCUUAAUUUAGGUACAAUCCCUCAAUUCCUCUUCAAUUUUCUUCGUAUUCCUGAUAUUUCCUUUGUGGGUGUUGGAAUCAAAGAGAAUUUUGAUUUGCUUGAGAGGGAUUAUGGGCUUCAAUGUAGAAAUAUGGUUGAUCUAAAGACUUUGGCUGCUUCUGUUCUUGAUGAUCGUCGGCUUGUGGGUUAUGGUUUGGUUGAUUUGGCUUAUCAUGUUAUACCGCUUCAGGUUAUGAAGAAACCUGCGUCUGUGUUAUUGAGUGAUUGGAAGGGAGAGAACCUUACAAUGGAGGAGAUUGAGUUUGCUACAAUUGAUGCUUACAUUUCUUACAAGAUUGGGAAUAAGUUGCUUGGUGGGUUGUGAAUUAACAGCCUUGCAGGGACUUGGGACUUGCUCUUGGAAUUCUGUGUUGGGUUGAAAUUUAUUUUGAUUUCUUGAGGGGUUGGCCCUAUUUUCUUCUUCUCUCAUGGCUGUGUAAGAGAAUGAUCUAGCCGUUAUUUAAAUUCUCUGUGUAAUAUAUUUCUAUGUUCUUUUAUUCAUAAUAAAGAACCUUUCUCUC